CCUAGAACAAGGAACAACAUCAUGGUGGUGUUCAACGGGCUGAUAAAGGUGAGGGUCUGCGAGGCUCAGGACCUGCGUCCCACGGACUAUGCCACACGGCACGCAGUCGUGCGCCCCGCCUCACAGGUCCUAGAUCCGUACGUCAAGCUGAACGUGGACGACACGUGCUUCGGACAAACAACGGCGAAACCAAAGACGUUGAACCCGAAGUGGAAGGAGGACUUCACGACUGAGGUGCAUAAUGGGCACACGGUUGGUGUGACUGUGUUCCACAACACAACCAUAGGCCCUGAUGACUUCGUGGCCAACUGUAAUGUCACCUUCGAGGAGCUUCUACAAGAGCAAGGAGGCACUGCUGACAUAUGGGUUGACUUGGAGCCUGCAGGUAAAGUGCACCUGAUAGUGGAGCUGAAAGGUGCUGCCUGUGAGUCUGCCGCUGCCUCAGCCUCUGCCUCAGCCUCUGCCGCGGCGGAGAAGGUCUUCAGACCCGGCAUGGGCCGACACCAGCGGAAAAAUGCCAUGCGACGACGUGUCCACCAGGUCAAUGGGCACAAGUUCAUGGCCACUUAUUUACGACAGCCAACGUACUGUUCUCACUGCAGAGACUUUAUUUGGGGAGUUCUUGGAAAGCAAGGAUACCAGUGCCAAGUUUGUACCUGUGUGGUUCACAAGAGAUGCCAUGAACUGGUCGUUACAAAGUGUCCGGGACAGAAGGAAGCCAUGCAAGAUGAGUUUCUCACCUCAAGAUUUAGUAUCAACAUGCCUCAUCGAUUCAGUACUCAUACCUACAAGCGCCCUACCUUUUGUGACCAUUGUGGAUCUUUGCUGUAUGGACUUUUUAAACAAGGGCUCCAAUGUGAAGCUUGCAAGAUGAAUGUGCACAUGAGAUGUCAGAAGAACGUGGCGCACAACUGUGGCAUCAACCCCAAGGAGAUCGCUCUGAAACUGGCCGAGCUCGGCCUCACAGGCGACAAGUUAACACCAAGGAAAAAGAAGGGCGGCUCCAUGGCUUACCAUCAGGGCAGACCCCAUCAGGUAAACAAGGCAAGAGAUCUGUGGAAAUCUUUGAAACAAACAGUCCCAGCUUCAUGGGUUCAAGAUAAGAAAUUAAAGACCUCCAAUACUCAUGACACAGCCAAGAAGGCAGAGCUGGAGGGAAAGGGAGACAAUGAGAAACAGGACAAGAGACCACACUCUGCCCCCAGAAUAGAUGACAAAGAGAAGCCGUGCACAGACAUGAAUGAGAAACCACAGAAUGUGGAGGAGAAUGCCAGCUCUACAUCCAGUAACAGCACCGUGACCUCACCUGACCUGUCUGGGGCUCCUGAUAUAAGACAUCGCAGAUUGAAGCUGGACGACUUCAAUUUCAUCAAGGUUCUAGGAAAGGGCAGCUUUGGCAAGGUGAUGCUGGCAGAGCUGAAGGAGUCUGAUGAUGUUUACGCCAUCAAAGUGCUGAAGAAGGACGUCAUCAUCCAGGACGAUGAUGUGGACUGUACCAUGACGGAGAAGAGGGUCCUGCUACUGUCCAGGAAACACCCCUUCCUCACGGCACUGCACGCCUGCUUUCAGACUAAGGACCGCCUGUUCCUUGUCAUGGAGUAUGUGAAUGGAGGGGACCUGAUGUUUCAGAUUCAACGGGCUAGAAAAUUUGACGAACCACGUUCGAAAUUUUACUCUGCAGAAGUUAUUCUGGCUCUGAUGUUUUUACAUGAACAUGGAAUCAUCUACAGAGAUUUGAAAUUGGACAACAUCCUUUUGGAUGCUGAUGGCCAUAUAAAACUUGCCGACUUUGGCAUGUGUAAAGAGGGCAUUCUGAACGGGAAGCUCACCACCACAUUUUGUGGAACACCAGAUUACAUUGCUCCUGAGAUCCUGCAGGAGUUGGAGUAUGGCCCCUCCUGUGACUGGUGGGCCCUGGGGGUGCUGCUGUAUGAGAUGAUGGCCGGCCAGCCACCAUUUGAGGCUGAUAAUGAAGAUGACCUGUUUGAAUCUAUCCUGCAUGAUGAUGUUUUGUAUCCAGUAUGGCUUAGCAAAGAAGCUGUAGCUAUCUUAAAAGCUUUUAUGACCAAGAACCCUGCCAAGCGGUUGGGCUGUGUUGCUGCUCAGGGAGGGGAGGCUGCCAUCAAACAACAUGUUUUCUUUAAAGACAUAGACUGGGAAGCACUGUUAGAUAGAAGAGUAAAACCGCCCUUCAGACCAAAAAUUAAAACGAAGAAGGAUGCCAAUAACUUUGAUCAAGAUUUCACACGAGAGGAGCCAGUUCUUACGCCUACUGAUGAUGCAGUGGUGAAGGCAAUCAACCAGGAGGAGUUUAAGGGAUUUUCUUUUACUGGCGACGACACAGAGGUGUAGGGGGAAGUGUAUGCACAGGUCCUGCUGCUAGUCAUUCUCUGGUUUGUACUCCAAGCACUGUCUUUAUGCAAAGAUGCUGUGUAAACUUACAAGAAAAAUACAACAGUCUUAUACAGUGGAAGGCAAGUGACAUAGGCAGAGUGUUGCCUACAAAAGUUGUAUCUGGUCUCUUGCACAAGCACCAAUGUUUUCUCAAACAUAGUAGAAAUUCCUACAACCAACUCUGUUUUCCUCAAUAGGACCUCUUGUGAUGAUACGUGAUAGUAUGGAGUGAUAGCGUAGCAAUGUACAGAACCUAUAAGAAUCUCUUUUACCAGGGGAGAAAUUUUUGAUGUUUUUUCUUGUGCAAUUGAUGUUUUCGUGCAGUCAACUGAUGCAGUUACUGGCUCCCAUCCUGUGAUUGAAUAGCUGUAGAAGGUUUUUUAUGGGAUAAUUGCCAGGUGUGUUUUUUUUAAAGAAGAGCAAGAAGUGCAAAAUACUUGUAGUCAUUGUGAUAAUCUUGUGGCAUUACGAGUGCAAAACUGCUACUUAUUUGUAUAAAUAUUAGUACCUGUCAACAUGUUACAGAGAAGUAAGAGUUUCUACAAAGAAAAAACUCAUUCCUACCAUCCUGCCAACUCUGCCUUCUGGAUGAAUGUGUUGAUGUCCUUGUCUUCUCCUGAUGUAAUUUAUGUGUAGCUGCUCCUGUGCAGGUGUUCCUAGAAGCUGGUUGUGUUUGGAUGUGGUAACUUAAGUGAUUCAGGAGCUUUUUAGAGUACUGGAUAUCCUCAUUAUUCUGUGAACUACACAGGAGAUGGUUGAUAGUAUUGCAAAUGGCAGUUUGUUUCAGCUGAUGAGCUUCAGAAGGUCUUUUGUAACAGUGUAACAAAAUGUUCUUACUCUAGUUAAUCACUGUAAUACCAUCAUCUUGUAACAUUCAUACAAAACAGAAUAGGACCAAUAGAUGGCCUCCACCUCCCCGUUAUUGUAGAGCCAUGAUAAAACUGUUUCAAUAUGUAUAUGUAUGGAGCUGGUUUGUCUACUGAAAGUAUAUCUGAGUGAGGGAAAGCAGCAGAAACAACAUUAGGCUCAAUUGGGUGUGCAUGUUGCAACCAAUGUUGUAGGGAUGCUUUUAAUGUUAGAAUAGUGUGUUUUGAAUCAGAAUCAGAAGAAUGUUGUUUCUCAAGGCAUUGUUUGUCAUUUUUAUCUGACAAUCAAGGAUCCUAUUGUUCUUGCAAAAUAUGAUGCUGUUUGGCCAAAACUUUGACAGACCUUACAGACUUAACAAAAGUAAAGAUAAUCUUGCUACUUUCUCAAUCUCUGACAGGAGUUCUGGAGCUUUAUCAGUGUUGGAGCAAGAGUAGCAACGGCCAGUACUCAGACAGGUUCUGACGUUUUAGAUGUUGACUGUCAUUCUCGUAUAUAAGCAUUGCUUUGACUACAUCUUCAAACUUGGAAAGUGUUUGGUCUUCAAGGAACACCAGGAAGCUUUCUAGUGAUAGCAAGGAUUUCUUGCCUGCCAUGUUUUUUUUUCUCUUCUGGAAAUAUUUUAAACGCUCUGCAGCAUGUGCCAAACAAUUUAUGGUGAAGGAGCUUAGUUCUUUGAAUUUUGAAGUAACAUUAGUGAGUGAGCCUUGGAAGGAGGGUAACAUGACUGUACCUCAAACCCUGCAACAUGUUGCAACAUGUUUUAACUCUAUUGCUACCACCAUAAGAUGACACAUAUUGUUCUUGUCUUUUGUCAGCUUGUGGUCUUGUCAUUGUUGCAACUUGGUGCCUCACUGUCUUCAGGUAGUCAUGUUCUUUGCAAGUGUACCAGUUUUCAGAGGUUAUGUUGACUCAAGUCAAGACUGACGAGUGUGAUAAAAACCGCUUGUGUCCCUGUCACUCUCUACAUCAGGCAACCUUCAUAAGGAUAGCUCAAGGGAGAACUGGACUGCUGAUGCUCCACAACAUACAUGUCUACAAUUGUACUUUAGAAGGUAGAGAACUUUAGGCAUGAUGUUUGCAUUUUGACUAUAGAAGGUUAACAGCCACAAUACCAUCCAGCUAUGCCAGGUGGAGGCUUGUUAGGUAGAUGUCACUGUCCUCUCCUGAAUCCAUACCACAUCACAGUUGCUCUGCAGAUUUUGUGAGUAAUCUGCUCUACUUUGCUUUGAAGAGUCGGGUCAAUGUUUCCCAACCAUACCCAUGCAGUCUGAUAUGGUAGACAUGCAUCCAUGUCACUCUGCUGUUGUUACCAGUGUUCCUGAAGUGCACAUGGAGUACAUGUAUUGGACUUGCUGUCAAUCAUGCCAGAGUGAUGGACUUUGGAAAAUUCACGGAUCUUGCUUUGUCAUGAAUUUGAAAGAAAACUGCCACCUAAAUCAACCAAGGAAGACCUACCAAGACCUGAACAAACUUUUCACCACAAAACAUUUAUCACAUUUGUCUGGAGAUUUGUUAUCACAAGAAGCUAGUUUGUCAAAUAUGUUGUAUAGAAAGGUCUCUAUAGUUUUAGUGGUGUGUGAAUGUGUGAAUAUUUGGUCUACUAUUCCUAGCUUUUCAUAGAUGUGAAAAGACAAAAGGUGUCCAUCUAAUUGUUAACAUGUUCUUAAAAAAGAUGAAAAGUCUGUUUUUACAAGUCAACAUUAGAAUAAAUAUUAGUUCUGUCUGCUACAUAAUAUAGCACGUGCUCAACAUUGGCCUGUUGUCUUGCUGGUCAAUCCUAUAAAUAUAAACUUUUCUCGUUGUGUCAAACUGUGUCAGGUACGAAAUGCCAUACAUCCCUAGUCACUGAUGCUGUACAUGUGCAAAGUUGUUCAAGAAGACAGAAAUGGUUUUAUUGUCAGGUGAAGGUGGAUCUGUGUAAACACUAGUUCUGCAAUCUUUAUGUAUAAAAAAGAAGUGUGAAACAAGCUUCAAGAUCUGUAUUGUGAAUUUGUUUCCUUGUAAUAUUGUGUGCUGUCUAACAAGGCCUUGUACAUAGGGAUAAGGAAAUUUCAAAAUCUCUUUUGUAAGAUGCAUGAUAAUGACUGACUGUCCAAGGACAUGAAUAUGUAUAUUCUAUUGUGAAUACCUGUAGAGCAUGUAUGCUUGGAAAAUAUGGAACAGUAUUAUUGUGAAGUUUCAACCCUGAUUUGCAUUUUGUGUUUUGUAAGUUUAAUACGGUGUGUGUUCUCUGAACCAGUGGUAAAUGGGAUUGUCCAUUUAAAGUUGUUUGACUGAUGAGACUAGCAGACUACUUGUUGUCUUUAAGUAGGAAGACCUCUGAACAGAUGUGUUAUUUGCUUGCAAGAGAUCUCUAUGGAAUAAGAGGAACUUGGAUUGGAGGCAGUUGUGCUUCUGUCAUGCAUGCAAAGAUGAUGAUAACAGGAUGUAAAGUGUCUGGAAGUCAGAACAUCAUGAAAAUAAAUUUCUCAGAGACAAGACCCUGAGUCAUGUGUUUUGUGUAGCAAGUCAGUAGUCAUUUUACAUGUUGAUAGAUGAAUAAUGACAAUAGCAACCCACAUGGUGACGCAGAAUUGACUCAAAGCAACAUAUGAUGAAGAUUUUGGUGCUUAUGUCUUUCGUCAGAAUCGCACUGCAAAUAACAAACAUAACACACAAUAUGCUGUGUUCAAAGAACAGCUAUAUUCCAUUUGAAGGUAAGCACACCGCACAAGUCUGCUUGCAUGUAACAGUCUCCAAAGCAAUAGCAAAUUAAUACAGAAGUAAUAAUAUUGAGUCAUAAUUUUCCUGGCCAGCUUCACUAUUAUCCUACACUGGUGGUAUGCUACUCGACAUGUAGGGAAGGAUGUAAAGAAGAAAUGAAGCGUUUGUUCACGUGAGAAAUCUAUACAAUGAGGGGAAUCAUGAUUGUAUCUAUUAUAAUUCAGCUUGACAAAAAUAGCAAGCAAAUUUCAUUAUGUUUCAGUGAUACUUAACAAACUGAACAGAGCACUUUUCACUAAUUUUGUGUAACUGAUAUUCCUUUCUUUCACCAUUGAUGUUCUACAGAUACUCCUAAGAAUUGCUAAUUAUACUACUGGCUUUCUAUUUCAAUGUUAGGUUUACGUAUCAGUGUAAGCCAAAACACUAUGGCAUGUAUAUUUUGUGUGGAAGUAUGCGAGAAGGAAAGAAAGCAUGUGUGUGUAGUAUGUGCAUACUGUAUAGGGGCUACUUGUAUUCUUUUUAACACAAUGGACCACACAUUUGUACUAGUAACUUGCAGUCAUUGCCUUUCACAAAAUGCAGAAUCUAAUGUCUACUU